CCGGGAGCCCGCGGCUGGAGAGGCGCUGCGGGUUGGGAGACCCGCGUCCAGGAUUCUGAUUUGAAAUCUGUUCAAGAGAACUUUAAGGGGAGAGACACUUCAGGGUUUGCUCAUUAUCAUUUGAGAAUUUUGGAAAUGAGACAUACCUACAUAAAGUGAUACAAACUGUCACUUUGUUGGAAAAUAUUUAUUGCAAGAUUCCAGGAUUGAAAAUUACAAUAGAGAGAUCCUGGUCCAACUCCUCUGUGGCUUACAGGGAUACGUUGGAGAAUAAUGGAUUCUUUGGAUCAUAUGCUGACGGAUCCCCUGGAACUUGGUCCUUGUGGAGAUGGCCAUGGCACCCGCAUUAUGGAAGAUUGUCUGCUGGGAGGCACCAGGGUUAGUCUACCAGAGGAUCUUCUGGAGGAUCCCGAGAUAUUCUUUGAUGUGGUCAGCCUCUCCACGUGGCAGGAAGUCCUGAGUGACUCUCAGCGUGCACACCUCCGGCAGUUUCUGCCUCGUUUUCCUGUGGACAGUGCGGAGCAGCAAAAUGGGCUCAUCCUCGCCCUGUUCAGUGGGGAGAACUUCCGCUUUGGAAACCCUCUGCACAUCGCCCAGAAGCUUUUCCGAGAUGGACACUUUAACCCUGAGGUAGUCAAGUAUCGGCAGCUAUGCUUCAAGUCACAGUACAAGCGAUACCUCAGCUCUCAACAGCAGUAUUUCCAUCGGCUGCUAAAGCAGAUUCUUGCUUCCCGGAGUGAUCUGCUGGAGAUGGCCCGUAGGAGUGGCCCGGCCCUUCCCUUCAGACAGAAGCGCCCCUCACCCUCCCGCAGCCCAGAGGAGCGGGAGUGGCGGACCCAGCAACGCUACCUGAAGGUCUUAAGGGAAGUGAAGGAGGAGUGUGGUGACACAGCUCUGUCUUCUGAUGAAGAGGCCACGUUGGAUUUACAAGAAAACUUUUCUUUUGAAGAUCUCAGCUCAUGGCUUCCAAGCUCUCCUGCGUGUUCUCCUAGUCCUGCGGUGCCCCUGAGGGUGGUGCCCACGCUUUCCACUACGGAUAUGAAAACUGCAGAUAAAAUAGAACUGGGGGACAGUGACCUGAAGAUCAUGUUAAAGAAACAUCAUGAGAAGCGGAAACAUCAACCAGAUCACCCGGACCUUUUGACAGGGGACCUGACCCUCAAUGACAUCAUGACUCGAGUAAAUGCUGGCAGGAAGGGCUCUCUAGCAGCCUUAUAUGACCUGGCAGUCCUUAAAAAAAAGGUGAAGGAAAAAGAGGAAAAGAAGAAGAAGAAAAUCAAGCUAAUUAAAUCAGAGGCAGAGGAUCUGGCUGAGCCCCUGAGUAGCACUGAAGGGGUCCCACCUCUCUCUCAAGCCCCAUCUCCAUUAGCAAUAUCUUCUAUUAAGGAAGAGCCCCUAGAAGACCUCAAACCUUGCCUUGGAAUCAAUGAAAUAUCUUCUAGUUUUUUCUCUCUUCUAUUAGAGAUAUUGCUGCUGGAGAAUCAGGCUAGCCUUCCAAUGCUGGAGGAGCGAGUUUUGGACUGGCAGUCAUCUCCAGCCAGCUCUCUUAACAGCUGGUUCUCUGCAGCUCCCAACUGGGCCGAGUUGGUGUUGCCAGCCCUGCAGUAUCUCGCUGGAGAAAGUCGAGCUGUUCCUUCCAGUUUCUCUCCAUUUGUUGAAUUCAAAGAGAAAACCCAGCAGUGGAAAUUGCUCGGUCAGUCCCAAGAUAAUGAAAAGGAAUUAGCUGCACUCUUCCAGCUGUGGCUAGAGACCAAAGACCAGGUUUUUUGUAAGCAAGAAAAUGAAGACAGUUCAGAUGCCAUGACACCUGUCCCUCGAGUGAACACGGUAGUGAGUGGUGCACUUGAUCGGCUACAUUAUGAAAAAGACCCCUGUGUGAAAUACGACAUUGGACGAAAGCUGUGGAUCUACUUGCAUCGUGACCGCAGUGAGGAGGAGUUUGAGCGUAUUCAUCAAGCUCAAGCAGCUGCGGCUAAAGCCAGAAAAGCCCUUCAGCAGAAACCUAAACCCCCAUCUAAAGUGAAGUGCAACAAUAAGGAGAGCUCCACGAAGGCCCUCAGCACUGGCCCGUCAGAGCAGAGCCAGAUGAGCCUCAGUGACUCCAGCAUGCCCCCCACCCCCGUCACGCCUGUCACCCCCACCACACCAGCAUUGCCUACCACCCCCAUCUCCCCUCCACCUGUGUCAUCGGUGAGCAAAAGUGGCCCUGCCACUGUCUCAGAACCAGCUAAGUCUAGCUCAGGUGUUCUUCUGGUAUCCUCACCAACAAUGCCACAGCUAGGAACAGUGCUCUCUCCCACUUCCAGCCAGACUCCACCCAGUUCUCAGGCCACUGCAAGAGUUGUGAGCCACUCGGGCUCAGGCACUCUUCCCCAGGUACGGGUAGUGGCCCAGCCUGGCCUUCCUGCUGUUCCCCAGCAGUCAGCAGGGCCAGCACAGACAUUGCCACAGAUGCCAGCAGGACCACAGAUGCGGGUGCCAGCCACUGCCACACAGACCAAAGUAGUGCCCCAGGCUGUCAUGGCCACUGUUCCAGUCAAAGGACAGACUGCAGUGGCCACUGUGCAGCGGUCGGGACCUGGACAGGUGGGACUCACCGUGACAAGUCUCCCUGCCACAGCCAGCCCUAUGAGCAAACCAGCCACAAGUUCACCUGGGAGUUCAGCUCCUAGUGCUUCCACUACUGCUGUCAUUCAGAACGUCGCAGGACAGAACAUCAUCAAGCAGGUGGCAAUCACAGGACAACUUGGGGUGAAGCCCCAGACAGGAAGCAGCAUUCCAAUCACCGCCACAAACUUCCAUAUCCAGGGAAAGGAUGUACUGCGUCUGCCACCAUCUUCCAUCACUACAGAUGCCAAGGGUCAGACAGUACUGCGAAUCACCCCAGACAUGAUGGCCACACUAGCUAAGUCCCAGGUCACCACGGUGAAAUUGACACAGGACCUCUUCGGGGCUGGAAGUGGCACAACAGGCAAAGGCAUCUCUGCUACCUUACAUGUCACUUCCAAUCCCAUUCACACAGCGGAUAGCCCUGCCAAGACCAGUUCAGGCAGUGCCCCUUCCUCCACUCCAGCAGGUACCACCGUGGUCAAAGUGACUCCUGAGCUCAAGCCAACAGAAGCCUCAAGUUCAGCUUUUCGCUUGAUGCCAGCCCUGGGUGUGAGUGUGGCAGAGCAGAAGGGUAAAAACACAGUGGCCUCUUCAGAAGCAAAACCAGCUGCCACAAUCCGCAUCGUGCAGGGCCUGGGAGUGAUGCCCCCCAAAGCAGGCCAGACCAUCACUGUUGCAACCCAUGCCAAGCAAGGGGCCUCAGUGGCCAGCGGGGCUGGACCUGUCCAUUCUUCAACAGUGUCCUUGCCCAGUUUGAAUGCCACCAUGUCCAAGACUGUGGCUGUGGCUUCUGGGGCCACAAGCACUCCCAUCAGCAUCGGGACUGGAGCCCCCGCUGUGCGGCAGGUCCCUGUCAGCACCACAGUUGUGUCCACGUCACAGACUGGCAAGCUGCCUACUCGGAUCACAGUUCCACUCUCUGUGAUUAGCCAGCCAAUGAAGGGCAAGAGUGUGGUCACAGCCCCUAUCAUCAAAGGCAACAUUGGAGCCAACCUCAGUGGACUGGGCCGCAAUAUCAUCCUCACAACCAUGCCAGCAGGCACUAAGCUCAUUGCUGGCAACAAGCCUGUUAGUUUCCUCACUGCCCAGCAGUUGCAGCAGCUUCAGCAGCAAGGUCAGGCUACUCAGGUACGCAUCCAAACAGUUCCUGCAUCCCAUCUCCAGCAAGGUACAGCAUCUGGAUCCUCCAAAGCCGUAUCUACUGUUGUUGUGACCACAGCUCCAUCCCCUAAACAGGCACCUGAACAACAGUGACUGAAGAAGUGGCAUCCACGAGAAUCCAGGCCUGAUGUGUCCUAGUGGAAAGGACAGGAGCAAGGAGGUUGCAUAGUUCCUCUGAGCUUGUCUGCUUGUGGCCUUGGUUCCAUUGCCAAACUCGAGCCCUGGGGGUCCCCUCCAGAGCUUCUGGGUCUGCUCUCUAUCAGUCCAGGAAGAGGGCUUGUUAAAGACUGGAAAGUCACUUAGGUCAUACAAGCCAGGGUUUUCUCCUGAGAGUGGGAUGCCCAGGGAAGACCUACCCAAUGAGAGAGAGCAGGCAGUCUUAUAAGCCUUGUUGUAUGUGAGGGCUGUACUUUUUAGCUUCUUGUCUUCUCUGUGACUCUUGGUCUACAUAUGAGUUUUGUGUCCAGAAAUUUUUGUGUAACUUAUUUUUUUAAAGAACCUAUUGUACAUCUUUUAUGAAAUAGAAACCUGGGCUUUAGCCCCCUAAACUGAUGAAUUACUCUUUUGACCAGAAUAAGAGACUGGCAAGUUGAUGCCUCUUGAUAACUACAUGGUAAUUGGGAAGCAGGCAAACAUAGGAAGUGAGGUAAUAUGGAUUCCCUGAAGUGGAAUUAGUUUGACACUAAUUCCUAAAAGUAGGUGUUGGGAUCUAGAUUGUCUGUUACCUGCCAGUGUCCUUCCAUCAGGCUUGUUUACAUGGAAGUCCAGCACCAGUAGACGAGGAAGUAUCAAAGACACUACUUUUUCAGCAUAGACUUUGUCACAUUUCAGAUUGUCCAUUCUGUUUUGUUCUAGAGCAGGAGUUGCAAACCAGGCCCUUAGAGUAGGUCACUUACUUUUGUCAAUAAAGUUGUAAUGGAACACAAUCCACAACCACUUGUUUAUGUAGUGUCUGUGGCUGAUUUUCAGUUAGAAGUCAGGAUUUAGUAGAUGACAUAGAGGCUGUAUGGCCCAUAAACCCAGACUUGAUAGCCCUUGAAGAAACAUCUUGUUUUUCUAGCUCCAGUGGAAAGAUGAGGGGUAGAGGUGGGGGUUGUGCAGGGUCAGAACUACCUGGCAAUGCCAAGUUUAGAGCAGGUCAGUCUGGAUUUGAAGUCAUCCCUGACUACGUCACUCUUUUCAGCCACUAUCGAUAGGCAGAGCUCAGAAUAGUCUUUUCAAAAGUCAUAGUACUUAAAGCACUGAUCAUUACCAGUACCUUAUUUGUGGAUUUAUUCCACUAGAUUUUGACCAAGUGUGGGGUGAAAAAAAUUCCCAUGCAUGCCUUGUACAACUCAGUUAGUGCAGGCUCAGUCAGUCUUUUAUUGUCAGUGUGUUUUAACUGUGCUUCCUGAGCAUUUGUGGUGUUUCCUCAGUGCCAGUCUACUUGGAGCCAGUUACCUACAGAUACCAUUGGUCUACUGUAUAUGCCUGUUGUUGGUCAGGGGCAGGUGGGAAACUUUUCUGCAGUGGUAGGGCUUCCCUGUCUCUUGUGAAAAUGCCCAAAUUAUUAAAAAAUUAUAUUUAA